AUGACUUUGUCAUGUCCCCCCCCCCCCCCCCCCCCCACCAUUGCACUCAUGACUGUGGUGGCAAUUUACCGCUACUUUAAGGUGAUCCACCCUCACCACUGGUUCAGCCGUAUGACUAAAAGACAGGCUGUGUACAUGUUAGUGUUUGUCUGGUUGUUGGUCAUCAGUCCUCGGGUUCCCAUUCUGGCUAACAACUUCAUAGAGGUCUGCAGCAACAGCAGCCAGUGCUUAUUUUUCACUUGUUCUUCACUCCCCACCCUGGUCACCACGCACCGCAUCCUGGUGGCACUGGAGUUCAUCAUUCCACUGGCCAUGCUGCUGUUCUGCUCCAUCCGGAUUUCCAGCUUCCUGAGGGAGCGGCAGAUGGGAAAAGCUGACAAGGUGCGCAAGGCGAUGAGGGUGUGCAACGCCAUCGUCGCCAUGUUCAUAGUGUGCUUCUUACCAACCACGGUGACAACCAUCGGGGUGUGGGUCAUCCGCUCGUUUCACCCACGGGAUUGCGCCACACUCUACACUUUCAUCCAGCUCACCAUUGUGUCUUUGUGGCUGAACUUCCUGAAUUCGGCUCUGGACCCCAUCUUAUACAUCUUCUCCAGCUCCAUGUUCAAGAAGGCGCUCUGCAGCUCACUCCCCCAUUUCCUGCACUGCGGUCAGGACGCAGGCAACGCUGAGACGAUGACUGGAUUAUGCAGGACUAGUAUUUUGCACUGACUUGUCUGCUUGUUUUACAUGUUUUAUCAGCUUUUUUUAUGCUGUUGAAGCUUUGUUGUACAUCUGUGAACUUUGUAAACACAUUAGCUUUUCAGUUAUCAUCAUUUAUUAAAUCCAAACUCAGUUAUACUUGUAAAUAUACUUCAAACUUCUGUGAUUGAACAAAUUACAGAUGGGUGUUUUAAUUAUAUCAAUUUAUUGAACCUUUAAAACUUUGAAUUGCCUUCAAAAAAGUUGAAGCUAUAUGAUGUGACACCAGUUUUUAAUUUAUUUCUGCAGCAUUCCAUCAAAUGGAAAUAUUAUACUUUACAGAUGUUGCUCAUUUCAAUUGAUAUGUUUACCGCAGUAAAUCCACAGCGGCAGUGAAUGAGGGUGAAAUAAUAUAUCCAAGAGUUGCUGCAGUGUGCACCAACCACCACCAGGUGGCACAUGCAGUCUAGAUGCAGUCUGUCUGUCUCUCUGUAGGGUAGUCAAUACAAAAUGGCGACCAUGCUCGGCAAGCAGACGCAAUGGGGGAACAGAAAAAC